GCGUAGCGCCAGCUAUGAAAUUUAAGUGUAACUAUAUAACAGCGUGAUUUCUCUAACCUGAAUAUUCUGCACAGUUUAAAUAAUAAUAUUUAAGAAAUAAUGAGUUUAAAUAUUUCGAGGAUGCAAGGAAGACACUGCAAUUUAAACACCUUGAGUCGACCUGAUGGUUCAGCACUUUAUUCCCAAGGUAAAACAACUAUUGUUGCUGGUGUGUAUGGUCCAACAGAAUGUAAGAACACGAAAAUUCUAAUAGACAAAGCUCAUAUAGAAAUGCACUACAGACCUAAGUCUGGUUUACCCACAGUUGGAGACAGACUCCAUGAAGCAAUUUUAAAAAACAUUUGUGAAACUUCAUUAUUGUCAGUGUUAUAUCCAAGAACAUCUAUUGUAAUUGUUGUGCAAGAAAUGCAAAGUGGUGGAGAGUUGAUUGCAAGUGCUGUAAAUGCUUGUUGUUUAGCACUUUUGGAUUCUGGAAUUGAUAUGAAAUUCUUGGUUGCUGGAAUAUCAUGUUGUAUGGAUAAAGAUGGCAACUUAUAUGUUGAUCCUACAACCACUCAGAUGAGCAAAGCUGCAGCUAGUUUUAUUUUUGUCUUUGACAGUUUUGAAGGCUCAAUUGUAGCUUCACAUACUACAGGGAUAUUUACCAUAGCAAAUUAUACUGAAGCAUUGAAGCUGUGUAAGGAAAGUAGUGCUAGUGUUUUCGAUUAUUACAGACAAAUCAUGAAAAAGAAACUUGCAGUGUAUAAAUAGACAUAAGUUGAUAAAUAAAGUUAUUGUGCAGAAA